UCUCAUUACAUGUUUUUGUUUAUAAUUGUUUUUUUUUAAAGCCACCAUUCAAAGGCUCACAGAAGGUUGGGGAAAAUUUUUGACACACCACCGAAAUUCCAAGAGCAAAAUCCGCAAUUUUUUUCUCUGUUAGAACAAUCUACCAACGCACCCACGCAAGAACGAAGCUAGCAGAGAUCUGCCAGAUUGCUGUUCAUUGUACCCCCACAGAUCUCCUCGUGUCCGAUCCGAUCGGAAUUUGCCUCUUUUAUAUCCUGGGAUUUUUUUUCUAACAACAAUUUCCCCCCCUACCCGAAUUCCCAAUUUUCUCUUUUUGGGUUUCCCCCAUCCAUUUCCCCACCUUCUUUUUAAUCAAUUUCGUUUUCCUUUUCUGCUAAUUUUACUCUCCCACUGUUUGGUUUAGAUUCAUUGUAUUUUCUCCGGGGGUGAUUGGUUUGGUUUGGUUUGGUUUGUGGGGUUGUGUUUUUAUACCCGCAAAUGGUGUCACCAUGAGGAUUUUGGGUUUGUUUGUGUUUGUUUUCUUCAGCUGGGGGUUGAUGUUUUGAUGGCUUCGGCUCAGGUUUUGCCCAAUUCGAUGGCUUCGACUCGAAAAUUAGAGCAUUUGGAAGCAGGGAAGCGUCGGUUAGAGGAGUUCAGAAAGAAAAAAGCAGCAGAGCGAGUAAAGAAAGCUGCACCACCAAGCCAAAAUCACGUUUCAGAUGCUGGCUCUGAGGAGAAGAAGCCUUUAGAAUCUGAACAUGCUCAAAGGAUUACAGAUUCUGAUGGAGCUACAACAACUAACGGAGCAGGCAGAUCUGCCAUUGAAUCAUCCUCUGCUCUGGUCAAAGAUGAUAGACAUGCAGACGACUUUUCUCAAAACAUUAAUCAAAAUGCGUUGAAUGAAAAACAUGCAAGCUAUCCUUUUUCAAGAAAUACCGAUGGAGUCUUCUCCACUGAUCCAGUGAAGCAACCAUCAAAUGGUCAAGAAAUUAAUACAUUCAAUGGUUCGAGGCUUUUUGGACCCACAGAUGUUAAUAGUAGAAACGAGAUAUUAGAGAUAAAUAAAGACUCCGAAUUAAUCAAUGGACCCCAGGCUAGAAUUUCGUUUCAGAGUGCAUUUGGCAUUAACCCUCAAGCAAGUGAAGGGACCGAUAGCAUUAUUAGUCAAUCUGCUCACCAUGGGGUGGAUGGACUACUCUUUAGGAGAGAUAGUCAAGAAAAUUCUAUGCUUAAAAGUUCUGGUUCUUUGCAUAAGUUUUCUGCAAAUAUUUCUCUACAGAAUACUGUUGCCAAUUUACAAGAUACUGAUUCCAGUAGUAAUAAUAAUUUGGCUAGUGGAAAUUCUUUCCAGUCAUCUUAUGAUGGCUUAUUUAAUAAUUCGACUAGAAAAGGAUAUAAUUCCCAUGAAGUUGGGGAAAGCAUGCACAGAAAUUUUGAACAGGGGAAGCCCAUUGAUGUGACUGAUUUUACUAGAAUCAAGCCUGAAUCUGUGCAAUCAUCUGAACCUACUGGCUUGGAUGCUGAUAUUAGACUCCCCUCCAACUAUGAACCCCCAUACACUGCAUCAUCUGAAAAUAGUUUUAGGAGAUCUCGCCCAUCAUUUCUUGAUUCUCUUUCUGUACCUAAGGCUUCUUCAGGGAGUUUUCUUGGACAUGGUGAACGUGAUAAGGAACCUGGAUUAUCUGAUGGGUUUAAAUUUAACAAAGAUGGCCCAGCAUCUUUCUCCUUUCAGAACUCUAUAAAAUCUGAUGGGUUUAGAACAGAUGAACGCGAUGGCUCAGAGUCAUUAACUUUACAGAAGCCAUUAAUGGAUGUGAAAACAUUGGGAACGCCCUCACAUUUUACCUCUCAAAACACUCCCGUGUCAUAUAGCAAUUCAUUUCCUCCUUCAGUUUUUCCUGUUAAGGACCAGCCAAUUAUAGGAAUAGAGGAUAAUACUAUGGAGAGGAAACAUGAGCUUUAUUCAUCCAAGCAAAAUGAAGAUUUUGCUGCUCUGGAACAGCAUAUUGAAGACUUGACGCAAGAGAAAUUCUCGUUACAAAGAGCUUUGGAUGCUUCAAGGACUUUAGCAGAGUCCUUAGCUGCUGAAAAUUCAUCUCUUACUGAUAGUUAUAACAAACAGAGAAGCGUUGUCAACCAACUAAAAUCAGAUAUGGAGAUGUUACAGGAGGAAAUGAAGACUCAAAUGGUUGAACUGGAGUCUAUCAAACUUGAGUAUGCAAAUGCACAACUAGAGUGUAAUGCAGCGGAUGAACGUGCCAAGUUGAUAGCUUCUGAAGUAAUUGGCCUUGAAGAGAAGGCCUUAAGACUAAGGUCUAAUGAGUUAAAGCUGGAGAGGCAGUUGGAGAACAAGGAAGCUGAGAUCUCUUCAUACAAGAAAAAAAUGUCUAGCAUGGAGAAAGAACGUCAUGAUUUUCAAUCGACUAUUGAGGCUCUUCAGGAAGAGAAGAAGCUGUUGCAGUCUAAGUUACGGAAAGCUUCAGCAAGUGGAAAGUCUAUUGAUAUUAGCAAUCCUUCUAAUAAAAAAGACAUGGCGACAUCUACGGAAGAUUUAGUAGUUGUAGAUGCUUCUCCUAGUACUUUUAACCACGACGAAUCUCUUACCGAAGAUGAUGCCUCUGGAGCUCCCAUGCUGCUUCAAAAUGCCACUACUGAAGUUUCAUCCGUCAUUAUCCCUUCCGAUCAUAUGAGGAUGAUUCAAAACAUCAAUGCUCUGAUAGCUGAGUUAGCUGUCGAGAAAGAGGAGUUAACAAAAGCUUUGGCAUCUGAGUUGGCUAGUAGUUCUAAGUUGAAGGAGUUGAACAAAGAGUUGUCUAGGAAACUAGAAGCACAAACUCAAAGAUUAGAGCUUUUGACUGCUCAAAGUAUGGCUGGUGAGAUUGUUCCUGCGAGACUACCUGAUUAUCACACAACACGUGAUGAAGAUAUUGUACUUGCAGAUGAGGGCGAUGAGGUGGUGGAAAGAGUCUUGGGAUGGAUUAUGAAGCUCUUCCCUGGUGGCCCGUCGCGCCGAAGGACCAGCAAGCUUCUUUGAGAUGUGGGGUGGUCUAAUUGACAGUGGAAGGCCAAUGCUUGAAGAAGCUUCCAUUGUUCGUUUCUUCAAGUUGCUACUUGCUAGGUAAUACAUUGGAGAUCAUAAGUUGUACAUUUCGAGUCGGAAUGCAUGGUUCAUUAUUCUUUUUUUAUAUCAAAGAAGCAGGCUAAACAUUGACCUUUAGAAGGCCUUUGAUAGCCUUAGGGAAUCCAAAUUUUAAAUUCUUCAGGGAAGAUGGGAAAAAGAAAAAGAAAGUGAAAGCAUCUACUUCCUACAUUUGCUUCACCUUUGCCUUCACAAAAUUUUGGUUGGAGUGUUACUUUGAUACUUGGACAUGAAAAGAGUAAUUAGUAUUAACAGGCUUUUUAAGUUGUAUUUUUUUUUCUUGGGGCUGUUUGUUCUGUACUUCACUACUGUACCUUACAUUGUUUUUGUAACCAUCAUGAGAACCUUGAAGGGAUUGAGUUGAGCCCAAUGAUGAAAUUUGUUACAUUAUUUUCAAUAA